AUGUCUUAUAAAACUUUAAAAAAUAAUUUAUGCCAUAAACCAUUUCCUAAUAUAAACAAUAAUUUAUCUCAAACUAGUAUAUAUAAUCCCAGCACUACUUCAAACAGUAAAUCUUUGCCAUCAGAAUGUUUACAACACAUCUUCUUACAUUUAUCGUAUUCAAAAUCGACGCUUCAUUCAUGUUUAUUAGUUAACAGAUUAUGGUGUGUUAACGUUGUAAAAGUCCUGUGGUCGCAACCAUUUCAUUUAUUAAAUAUUUGCGCUUCUUCAUCCGGCCAAUGUGGUAGAACGCCAAAGGAUACUUACCUUCAAUGUGCUGCAUUAAUCAAUAUUUAUUUAUCAUUCCUUGAUCGAGAAGAAAAAAUUAAUCUCUUGAACAAUAGAAUCAUAUUAAAUAAUAACAGCAAUUCAAGUAAAGCGAAAGAUAAGGAUAACUUAAAUUCAUAUAAUGAAGAACCAACGUUUAACUAUAUUGAAUAUUUGAGAUAUCUGGACUUGGAAGAAUUAUUUAUAACAGUAGGAGCGUGGAAGCAAUAUACCAUCUUUAAUAGUAAUAAUAAUUCAUCUUCAAAUUAUUCUAAUGGUAAAUUGUUUCAGAAAAGUUCAUUCAAGAGAACCUUGAAAAAAGCGGUAAACACCCUUACAAAAAAAUCCUCUUCAAUUACUGGUAGAUUUAGUGUUGAUGGAUUUCCCGUUGCCGUUGAUAGGGUGGUAUCAUAUUCUUUGGCUAAAUUAAUCAUGAAUAAAUGCAACAAAUUAAAAGUACUUUCGAUCGAUACCAGAAUUGAUGAUCAUCAUUGUUAUUGUUUGGUACCAAUUAAUGAAACCGCUACAACGACCAUUACCACAACGAAUCGUGCCGGUAUCACCACGAAUAAUUCAAAUAUCUUGAGGCAAAAUGUACCUGAAGAACAUUUAUUAAUCGCCACGUAUCCUGGUUCCAAUAAAUGUUUACCUCCCCUAACAGAAUUCAUAUGUACGACGAGAGGAACGAAGUGGAGGUUGUUUCAUGCUUUGGCUGGAAUUUGUAAACAAUUAAAACGAAUUGUUGUAGAUAUGGGUGGUUAUACUAAUUGGUUAAAUAAUAAUGAUGAUAACUCUCAAACGGUAACACCAUCAUCUAUUAAUCAACAACAACCGAAUUCCCUACCGGCUUCAUUAUUGUCCCUACUUCCUUAUACCGAACCACAAAUGCAAGAAUUAGAAUGGGAAGCAAAAAAUUUGGCCACGCUUCUUCAAUCACAAGUCUCUUUAGAAUCAUUUACACUAUUACGUGGUGAGAUUGGUUUGCUCACCAUAUUAGGUGCUUUGAAAUCUCAAGUCAAUUCUUUAAAACAUUUGGAAUUUGUUCAAUUAAACACAAAAUACGCUCAAUGGGGAGCUUUUUAUAAUAUUUUAGAUUAUGUUGAAUUAAAAGAGCUGGUAUUUAGGGAAUGUGAAUUAAGUGAUGAACUAAUGAAACCAUUAACGACAACCACUUCUAAAAAGGGUGCUUUUCAAAGGAUUGAAGUAUUAGAUUUUGAAAAAUCAAUCGCUUCAAAGGAUAUUAUCGGUAAAUUGAUUAAAAUGACUGGGUCUACUUUAAAAAGGAUAUUCCUUGGUGAUCACUAUGUGAGCGUAUCUCCUGAAGUUAUUUCAUUGAUUGAAAUCACUGGACAGUAUUGUCCGAAUUUAACUCAUUUUACUACUUUUGUUGAUAUUAAAGAUAUUCCACGCUUACUCACUUUAUUCACUUUGUGUCCUUUGUUGCAAUCAAUUGAAUUGUCAAGAAAAAUUAUCUCUCAAGAUCAAGAUGAAUCAUUAGAGGACGCUUUUAAUAAUACUGCUGAUGUUACUUAUUUAUUGGAACAAAUGGCUUCUCAAAAUCUACUAUAUAAUUUAAAACGAUUAGUCAUACGCGUUCCUUGGUCUUUUACUCCCGUUUCUUUAGAAAGUUAUUUAUGUAAUGUUAGACCUCCUUUAAAAUGUUUAGAGAUUAGUCAAUCUUAUUCUUUUGAUAACGAACAUUUAAAAGUUUUGGUUAAAUAUGCUAAAGAAAAGCAACAAUUGAAAAAAAUUUUUAUUGAAACUCUUCAUGAAUUAGAUUAUGAUUGGAAUGAUAACUCUUUGCCCAUUUUCGAAGUUUUUGAGUAUCAUAGAAUACGAAGUAAAUCUCACGAUUAUUUUGUAGAUUAA